CUUAAAUCCGUUAUUUAAUACUGCGCACUUCAUUCAAACUAUAGCUUCGUCAUAAUGAAAAUUCACCAUAGUAAACAGAUGCGCCCACCUGGUCUGUGGGAAUGAUUUUUGGAAUAUUGACAGUUUUUGAUAUUAUUUCCUUCACAAUAACCAAGUCACUUGAUGCAGUGUGGCAAGAAAGUUCAUGGGAUUCUGCCUGGGACACAUGGUGGCAUUACAAAGAAGGUGUAAUAGGAGGUCCAAGUAACUGGGGGCAGACGGCGCUCAUGGCUAUUACCAAUGACAUUUGGUCAGCUUGUUAUCAAGGAAAAAUGCAAUCACCAAUCAAUAUCUCUACAAAGCAUUUAGUAUUUGAUACUAAUUUGGAACCUAUAAAAAUACUAGGCUUAGAUAAACAGAUUGACGUGGAGAUAGUGAAUACUGGACAAGAUUUACAAAUGAAAUUUCUUGACUCAACAACAAUAAUUAUAUUCAGUGAAGGACCAUUGGUAUAUGACUACAAGCUGUUUGGUGCUAUUAUAAAAUUUGGUUCAAGAUCAAGUCGUGGUUCAGAUCAUCAAAUUGACGGUAUUGCGUUUCCGGCAGAGCUACAAUUAUAUGCAUUCAAUUACAUUUUAUAUCCAAAUUUUUCUGUUGCACUAUCUAAACCGAAUGGGUUGGCUGUAUUAUCUAUCUUCUGUCAAGUCGGUGGUCAGUCGUCAGCUGAUUUGGAAGCUAUAUUUUCUAUAGCAGACCAUGUGCAGUUGAAAGGUCAGUUUAAAAAGCUUCACGGUUUGUUGUUGGAUGGUAUAAUACCAUCAACUGUUCACUAUAUGACAUAUCAAGGUUCUUUACCUUUUCCUGCUUGUUAUGAAACAGUCACUUGGAUUAUACUCAAUCAACCAGUUAUAAUCACAGAAACACAGUUAAAAUCUCUUCGUCAACUUCGAAUUUCUUCAUUUCGGGAAUCUGGUAGAAUGGCUGAUAAUUAUCGAACAAUUCAGAAACUUAAUAACCGCUCAGUAAGAACAAAUAUUGACUUUAUACAGACUCAACCAUACUGCUCAAUGCAAUCUAGACGAUCUUACAUUGUAAGACGAAAAAUGGUUACAAGAAACUUUAUAUUGAUAUAAAUAGAUUUCAACAAGGUAACAUUACUCACAUUAGAAGAAAAAAUGAGAAAAAAAAAUAAAGACAAAUGCUACAUAGAUAAUAAACGGGUAAGUUGUUUGCUGAAUGUUGAUCAUUUUAAUUAUUGAAAAGUGUAUCUAAAAUGAUUAAUAAACAAAGUUGAUUAUUCUACUUAAUCCAAAUAUACCAGCUAAACUAAUUGAAAUACACGUCAAUCAACAUAAUCAACAUACAUUCCUUUCAGUUUUUCUAAUAUGAAAAAACAACAUAUCAAUUUGACAAUUAUAAUGAUUAAUUUUAGAUUCAUGACAUCAAGAGGAAAAGAUUAUAAUGCAGUGAUUUGACGAUUGUUUAAGAAAUACAAUCUGCAAUUUUUAUAUCAAUAAACUACCAAUAAAAGUAAUAAAGUAUGAACAUCACUUCCUGUUGAUGAAACAUAUUAGGAAACAACUUAACAAAUAGUAUAACUUUCUCUUGUAUGACAUAGAUAUUCAAUAUAUUAAAGUCAUAUGAGAGAUUAUUUUGUCACUUAAAUUAUACUUUCAAUGUCACAUUAAUUCACGAGUUUCAUACGAAAAAAUCAUGACAAAUUAAUUCAAGUUUAGUCAUAUCAGUC